GCCCGGAUCGGCAAGGGACUGACCUGACCUGACCACUCCCACUUAUCACACUGGAAAGGUUUGGCCGACGCUCAUUCUCUUUUCUCCAUGGAGCAUGCAGUGCCUGAAAUACUCUAUAGCUGCCUCCGCCCCUCCUGAUACUGGAAACGUUAUACAUGCUCUCCGGUCUACUCUGACUGUUCCUUUCUCCACUUUACUCCUGUGUUUGCGAUCCUUCACGUUCCUGGCAAUGCUCACUCUUGUUAAUAUAUACAAGUCUGUGCAGUGUGUGUGUGUGCUUGACCGUAAUCUCAUUUGUCAUUCGGCAUCUGUCCCUUGCAUAUGUGUCUUGUAAAGCGCCUUGAGCUUGCCUUCGUGUGGGAGGCCUUUGAGGGAAACUCGGAAAUGUCUAUUUUUUUCUUUGCCAAACAAUAGGACAUUUUCACAGUAGAUCCCACAGCGUGUGGUUGAAGGAUUUAACACGGUGUUAUCAGAAUUGUAGAUACUGGACAAGAACCAGCUAUUCGUAGAUAGCAGGAAAUAUUAUCAGGUGCUGUGAUUAGCUGACUCAAGGCAAAGUCAGAAUGAUACAGCACGUGCCAUUUCUAGAAUUAUCGUCGAGAGUUAUUGCUCUGCUGAUCAAUAAAUGACUCAAGUUGUGGGUCAAAAUAUGGGUAAGAAAGAGGGUACAGGGUACAAGAUCGAGAUAACGAACAACAGGGGGAAAUCAUGCUUCCGGAUAUUUUAGCAUUCAACAUUCUGCUAUCUUAUACAAGAAAAUUAACAAAAAUCAAAAUCUUAUAUGUAACGUCCGUAACGAACAAUUACUCGGUCUGAAAUGCAUAAUUACUCGAUUCGUAAUGUAUAAUUAUACUCUGUCAUCCACUCUGAUGCACGACACAGAGUCGGACACAAGUGCAGUUGCACUUUCUUUGCUCGGACUGGCUUACAUUCUGGUAAAGAGAAAGUUUAAGAACAACCUAAGGUGUGUGUGUGCUCAUGAAGGUACAUCUGAUGCCUACCCUGAAAAUGGCGAGUGCACGAGCAUACGAACAUCUGUUUAUAUUGUGUCCGUUUACCAUAUGACUAUAUAUGUAUCUACAUGAAUAUAUUUAUAUGUAGAUACGUGUAAUGUGUAUAUAUAUAUAUUGAUUUCUGCCUUUUUAAUUUUUCAACGUAACGGUUAUUAAUGACUCGGCAGCAUUCAAUUGUUCACUUUAACACUGGCGGUUACUUUGCGCUGGGGUCUAAGAAGAGCUUUAUACAAAUAAUUUUCUGUCGAUUAAGCUUUUAGAGUAAAACAUGCUUCAUCAUAAUAUGCUCUGCCAGCAGGAGACAAUGCAUACGCUAAUAAGUGGGGCACCCUACUUCAUACAUCUUGAUAAUUAUGUUUACAUACCGCUGCUUCAACAAUGCAACAGUCGACUUCACUGUGACUACUUUCAGUUAACAAAGACAACACUUGUAGAGCAUAAAUAAAUGAAAAAAAUUUGAUAAAUAAUAAAAAAAGAAUUCUUAUAUCUGUCACUUGUCCCUUUAUCGCGUUUCACAGCAUUCAUAACAAUUCUCCCAACCGGCAUGCUUUUUUUUUGUUUUUAUUUUGUGAGAUUAUUUUUCAUGAGCGGGUUUAGAUUUUCCCUUUCCGUUGAAAGGGUGGGUGGGUAGAAGUCUGAUCACCACAUGAGGUCGCGAAAGCAACACCCGCCUCUUUUAUUGCCAAAGAUUGCGAGGCGGUAACAGACCGCGUAAUGCUCGGUGUAUGGUAACGGUAACACUCGUCUAUAUAAAUAGUUCACUAAAUCCAACUCGCAGCUCACACCUGUUUCAGCGCGUGACAAACCCAUAGGGCAGUAAAUUAAAAUCAGAGAUUGAUAGACGUAGGGAGAAGAUGUCCUCCACCCGGGAAGGCGACGACAGCUUCGUGUUUUGUGGUACGGUGGCGCACUCUACCCCUACGAACGCUCUCGACAUCAGGGAGAACGCCAUUCUGGGAGUAGCAGGAGGAAAGGUAAUAUUUUUCGAUCAUCAAAGCCGUUUGCAGCAGCUGCUGCAGGAACACGAAAUUGAUCAAGAAAAUGUACAUCAGCUGACGAACGGGCAGUUUCUGAUGCCUGGUCUAGUGGACUGUCAUUUCCACUCGCCACAGCUGUCCAUACAAGCUCUGGGCACGGACCUGGGUCUCCUAGACUGGCUAGACACAUACACUUUUCCAGCAGAAGAAGGCUUCUCGUCUGUCGAGUUCGCUCGAAACGCACACGAAAAAACUGUGAAGCGGACUUUGCGUUGCGGUACCACUGCCGCCGCCUACUACUCCACCAUUCACCGCGAGACCACAAUGUUCCUAUGUGAUUUUGCCGAAAACCUCGGACAAAGGGCAUUUGUUGGAAAGGUUAACAUGGAUAUGAAGGCUCCUGACAGCUACAGGGAGACAACCGAGGAAUCCUUAGCCGAGACAGCCAGGUUUAUCAAGGAUGUGCUUGAACGUAAGUAUUCCCUCGUCACCCCCGUCAUCACCCCGAGGUUCGCUGUCAGUUGCAGCAAGCCUCUUCUCGAUGGCCUCGGUCGCAUGGCGAAAGAGUACAAUCUACCUGUACAGACCCACCUGAAUGAGACAACAGAAGAAAGAAAGUUAGUGUUGGAGCUGCAUCCAGGUAAUGCCACUUACACAGAGGUGUACGACAAUGCAAACCUUCUAGGACCAAAGACGAUAUUAGCUCACUGUAUCCAGUCAAACGACAACGAGAUCGACAUCAUCAAAACCCGUGGCUGCGGGGUGAUCCACUGCUCAUGCUCCAACAUCACUUUGCGAAGCGGCGUAAUGGACCUUCGUAAAUUUUUAAACUAUGGAGUGAAAUUAGGAUUGGGAACUGACGUUGGUGCCGGCUACACACCGUCCAUCUUGUCCGCCAUGCGGCACUCUGUCGACGCGUCCAACAUCCUGGCCAUCAAACACGCCCAGCAACAAGUUCAGAAUGGCCACCCACGAAUCCCUUACGAGCCGAUCACCAUCUCCGAGGCCUUCCGCCUGGCUACCCUGGGUGGCAGCGAAGUCCUGGGUCUCAACUGCGGAAACUUUGAGAGUGGGCGAGAGUUCGACGCCUUGCUGAUCGACCCCAACACCAGCAACUCCCCCCUCGACAUUUUCCUUCUGAUAAAGCCGAAGACAUCGUCAAGAAAUUCCUCUACACAGGAAAUGAAAACAACAUGGCUGCCGUGUACGUUAAAGCACGACGGGUACUGUGACUUGUACACCCUUGUACACCUGCAGAUACCGGUGCUGCAUGGUGCAGGGCGACCGUCUGAGUGCAGCGAAUCACCUGCUGCACUUACUGAUGUUUAUUGCAUCAUCACAUACUCGGUGGUUGUGAUACCCUGAAGACGUCAAAUGAACAUUUCGAGAAUGUGAUAGAUUCAUCCCUCCCUCCUCCACCAACCACUAGUUUGUUGAAGCCUGUGAUUCAAUAUUUCUUACAUUUUGCUCGUUUUUAUUUUUCCUUUUAUUUAUUCAUUUUUGUCUCUUUCACUUUGUAUUUAUUAAUUUUUUUCUAUUUUACUUUAAAUUAAUUCACUCGGUCGGUCUUUCGUUCGCUCGAUCGUUCGUUUUUGAAAUCACAAGCGUCAUUGCAGCUUGGCUAUUCAACUGAUAAACUAUACAUUUCUUUUUUUUUCUUAAGUUUUCGAAAGACUUCUAGUUUAUAAGCAUACAUCUAUUUUACUCGUCAAUAUUUUUUUUAAUGAACGUAGUAUAUUUCUUUAUUAGACUUUAAGAGUUGUUUUUCGAACAUAAAUAAA